AUGGGACGUACGAGAGGAAUCUCAUGGAGAAACCACAAGGGCAGAAGCGCCUGGUCUAGCUCCCGUCCGCCGCCGGGGGACGACGCCGCCACCAGAUUCAAGAUCGCAGAGGCAAUGUCGCCGCCGGGGAAGGACAUCCUCAGGGCGAUCCCUCCGUGGCGAGAGCAGCUCACAGCCCGGGGCCUGGCGGCGAGCCUGGCCGUUGGCGCCACCUACAGCUUGGUCGCCAUGAAGCUCAGCCUCACCACCGGGCUCGUCCCCCCCCUCAACGUCUCCUCCUCCUUCCUCGCCUUCAUAAUCCUCCGGGCGUGGACGGGUCUGCUCCGCCGCGCCGGCCUCUCCCCCAGGCCCUUCACCCCCCAGGAGAACGCCGUCGUUCAGACCUGCGCCACCGCCUGCUACAGCAUCGCCAUGGGAGGUCGGAGACCCAUCCGUGCUAGGGUUUCGCUCUCUCCACCUCCAUCUCCACGUUCUGUGAUUAUUAAACCAACUGGGUAUUUUUCUGAGAACCAGGCGGAUUUGGAUCGUAUCUGCUUGCGCUGAGCAAGAACACGUACGAACAGGCGGGCUCGAGCGGCGGCUACAGGGAUCCCGCGAUCGGCUGGAUGACGUCGUUCCUCUUCUCCGUCAGCUUCGUCGGGCUCCUCCCCCUCGUCCCUCUCAGAAAGGUUCCUCCUCUUUCUUCCUCCGUUCCGUUCUCUCUGUGUUCUUGGAACGAUCUGAUCCAGAACCAGACUCUGUAAGAAGCUUCGUUCUUUUUCUCUUUCUUCUGACAAUUUCUCUCUCAAGAUCAUGAUCGUUGACUACAAGCUUGCCUACCCAAGUGGCACGGCCACCGCCGUUCUCAUCAACGGCUUCCACACACCCCAGGGGGACAAGAUGGCCAGGAAACAGGUGCAGAGCUUCGCCAGAGCUUUCGGGCUUAGCUUCUCAUGGAGUCUGAUCAAGUGGGUCUUCUCCGGAGAGGUCUGUGCAGCUGGGAGGCGACCUUCGGUGGGGCCCACGUAAGAACCAGCACAACCCACGUUGACUUUGAUCUUGACUGACACAAGCGGACCUCAGUCAACGCGAUUAGACCUCAUCUGACCACCUGGUUUUUCUUGCAGGGCCUUCUCCAAUUUCAGCCUGGCUUACGUUGGUGCUGGGAUGAUCUGCAGCCACCUGGUCAACCUCUCCCUCCUCAUGGGAGCCGCCCUGUCGUGGGGCCUUCUGUGGCCCCUGGUGAGGAGGUUCAGUGGGGCCUGGUACGCCGCCGGCUUGCCGGAGAGCAGCAUGAAGGGCCUCCAAGGCUACAAGGUCCGGCCAUGGCAGGCUUCCCCUUAGAGUUUAUUUCCUCUUUUGGGAUGAACCCGUUGGCUUGCUGUUCUUCGCAGGUCUUCGGCUCGAUCGCCCUGAUCCUCGGGGACGGGCUCUACAACUUCGUCAAGGUGGUGGUCAUCGUCGCCGGGAGAGCCUGCCGGAAAUCUCGGAGAACCGGUGAGCACCCAGGUUGACUUCCCCCCUCCAAAUCAUGUUCAUGGAUUCGAGCCACCAACCAGCCAACCGAGUGGGUGAUCAGGGGCGGCGGAUGGCGGCGCGGCGGCGCUGGAGGAUCUGCAGAGAGACGAGGUGUUCUUGAAGGAGAGCAUCCCGUCGUGGGCGGCCGCCGCCGGGUACGCUCUCAUGGUAGUGUUGUCCGUCGCCGCCGUCCCUCUCAUCUUCCCGGAGGUGCGGCGGAGCCACCUCCUGCUGGCCCAGCUGGCGGCGCCUCCGCUGAGCUUCUGCAACGCCUACGGCGCCGGCCUGACGGACAUCAGCAUGGGCUACAACUACGGCAAGGCGGCGCUCUUCCUCCUCGCCGCCUGCGCCGGCGAGCCCUCCGGGGUGAUCGCCGGCCUCGUGGGCUGCGGCCUCGUCAAGUCUGCCGUCUCCGCCGCCGCCGAGCUCAUGCAGGACCUCAAGACCGGCCACCUCACCCUCGCCUCCCCACGCGCGAUGCUCCUCGCGCAGAUGGCGGGGACGGCGAUGGGCUGCGUCCUCGCUCCCCUCGCCUUCUUCGUCUUCUAUGGCGGCGGGUUCGCCGUCGGCGACCCCGCCGGAGCCUUCAAGGCGCCCUAUGCUCUCAUCUACAGGAACAUGGCGGUGCUCGCCGUGGAGGGCUUAUCUACCUUGCCGGGGAAUUGCCUGUGGCUCUGCGGAGGGCUGAUGUGUUUCGCCUUGGUGUUGAACGCCACCAGGGACCUGCUGGGGCCGGAGAGCCGGCGGCGGCGGUGGUUGCCUCUGCCGGCGGUGAUGUCGGUGCCCUUUCUCGUGGGGCCAGAGUUCGCCGUGAACAUGUGCGUGGGGAGCUUGUUGGUGCUCGCCUGGGGCUGGUUCGGUGUCGCGGGCGGGGCUGGGCCGGCGGCGCAGUCGGCCGCCGCCGCCGGGCUCGUCUGCGGGGACGGGCUGUGGGCGCUUCCUUCGUCACUGCUUGCCCUUGCAAAGAUCCCUUCUCCUCUCUGCGUGAAGUUCCCCGCUGAGUAG